CCAAAGUCCUUAAUCACUAACUAGUGUUCUCAUUUCAAGUGCAAGAACAAUGAACAUUAAUGUUGUGCUUGCACUACUAGUGUUACUGCUCUUUUCCCCUUCUUCUUCUUCUUCUUCUUCUUCUUCUUCUUCUUUUACUACUAAUUAUGGUGUGAAAAAUGGAAGUGGUUAUUGUGAAGAAGGUGGUAAAGUGAUAUUUAACUUUGGAGACUCAAACUCUGAUACUGGAGGACUGUUUGCUGGACUUGGAAUUUAUAUUCCUUUGCCGGAAGGCCGGGUGUUUUUCCGGCAGUCCACCGGCCGGCUCUGUGAUGGCCGCCUCAUCAUCGACUUCCUCUGUGAAAGCUUGAAUAGGAGUUAUUUAAGUGCAUAUAUGGAGGCAUUGGGUUCAGACUUUAGUAAUGGAGCAAACUUUGCCAUCUCUGGUUCAUCAACAUUACCAAGAAACACUCCAUUUAAUCUUUACAUUCAAAUUCACCAGUUCAUUCACUUCAAAUCCAAAUCUUUACAACUCAUUGCUCAAGGUUCAAAAGGUUUGGUUGAUGAGCAUGGUUUUCAAAAUGCACUCUAUACUAUAGACAUCGGCCAAAACGAUCUCGCCGGUGCCUUUUCUUCAAACAAAACUUACGACGAAGUUAUUGAAAGAAUACCACUCAUCCUUUCCGAAAUUGAAUCUGCAAUCAAGACUCUGUAUGACAACGGCGCGAAGAAUUUUUGGGUGCACAAUACUGGCCCUUUAGGCUGUUUGCCUCAGAAACUCGCAUUGCCAAGAAAAGACGACAGUGAUAUCGAUCAGUAUGGUUGCCUUAAAACACUUAACAAUGCGGCUCGAGAAUUCAACUGUAGGUUGAGUGCUCUGUGUGAUAAUUUGAGUUCGAAUUUGAACAAUGUCACAAUUGUCUACAAUGAUAUAUUUUCGAUCAAGUAUGACCUUGUUGCUAAUUAUACUAAAUACGGAUUUGCGAGUCCGGUGAUGGCUUGUUGUGGCUUAGGCGGGCCUCCUUAUAACUAUGAUCUGAACAAUCAAUGUGGCAGUUCGACUGCUCAGGCAUGCGCCGAUGGAUCAAAGUAUAUAAGCUGGGAUGGAGUUCACUACACCGAGGCAGCCAACGCCAUAGUCGCAGCUAAGAUUCUCUCUACCGAUUACUCGAAACCCGCUCUUAAGUUUGACUACUUCUGCAAUGCCUAAUGCUCUCUUAUAUUUACACACUGUUACAUUACAAUGGUCAGUCACACUGAGCUUGUUUUGUUGAGUUCACAGAAAUCAAAAAGAAAAUUAAAAUGGUCUUACUUUCUUGUCAAUGAUCAUCAUCAUAAUUAAUGUGAAGAAUUUGAUUAAACUUAUUGAGAAACUUUAAUGGUAAUAAUUUUGUUUUGAAUUA